UCUCAAUGUACGUACGGACACAGACAGAGGAGCGCACAGUGCGAUAUGUACAAUAUCAUAGGUGUGUAGAGGUAUACACAACUCCUACUAUGUGCCAAAAGUAUCGUGCAUGUAAGCAUGCCCGAGACGCCACGGAUCGUCUGAACUCAGAUCGCGCCUGGCUGACGGCCGCGUAGGAAGCUCGACUUCAGGCAGAAAGAGAGAGAGAGAGAGACACGGCGUUGCUGUAUAUGGCGGAUUUCGAUGAUUACAAAAAACACGAGACUCGACCGGGGCCAGUAUCAGUGAUCGACUAGCCGUCCGACAGCGCAGUAGGUGCCCGCGAGCGCGUGUGUGUGCCUAUUUGCAAGAACUAGAGAGAUAGGCUGCUUCGCAUUCCUAUUUACGAGUAAUAAACGGUAAUAUAAACAGAGGGACAGCUCGACCCAACAGUGCGUGACUAUAUAUCUACGUGUGCUAUAAAUGUUGUGACAGUGCAGUUUGACAGUUUUUCAAGUGUUAACGAUUGUUCUUCAAAAAGUUGUUGUCGUUGUGUGUGCCAUAAUACAUACGCACGAACGUUUAUUGGCCUGCGCUGCGAAACUCACGGCCCAUCGUAAAAAAGAUUGUAUAAUACUACUCUGUGUCUCUCGGCCGUAAGCGCUAAAUGAAGAAAUCGCGAAAAUAAUGGUGAGUUUUCACAAUCAGUCGAUGGACACUUGUCAAGCGUCGCAAGCAUCGUCAGGAAUGUCGUCGAGCACCAACGCCAACACGAAUUUGCAACUUCAGCAGCAGACCGGAGAGAUAUCGCCACCCCUGCAUCUGAUCGCCGCGGCGGAGACGAGUCCUCAGGUACAAACGCCGAUUCACGGCCUUACCUCUGCUCAGCAGCAGCAGCAGCAGCAGCAACAACAACAGACGCAGCAACAAACGAUGCCGUCAUCGGCGGCGGCGGCGGCUGCAGCUAUGGACACGCACUCGCCCUGGCUCAGCUACAUGAUGUCCAACAAUAAUCCGACGGAUCACCACGACUCGCUGAUGCAGUGGUCCACCAGCGCUCCCUCGCCGUUCGCCUAUCAGCAGCCGCAAACGCAGCAGCAGCAACAGCAGCAGACCCACCUGCAACAACAGUAUCAUCACCAACAGCAGCAACAGCAACAACAACAACAGCAGCAGCAGCAGCAGCAACAAAAUAUGCAGCAGCAUCAGCAAGCCUACGGUGAUCACGUGUACGGGGGUCACCAUCACCAGCUGCAGCAUCAUCAUCACCAGGCCCAAGCCCACCACCAUCAUCAUCAUCAUCAUCAACAGUACGGUCAUCACGGCUUCGAACCGCACCACCACCAGUACAACAAUCUGUCCUGGCCCGGGGCAGCAGCCGCCGCAGCAGCCGCCGCCGCAGCUGCCGCUGCUGCCGCCGCGACCGCCGUCGGUCCGGGUCUGUCCAACAGCGUCGCCGAGCACUCGAACAACGACGCAGCCGUCCACAGCGACAGCAGCCCGAUCUUCGACGGCCACGAGUCGAGCGGCAACGACAGCGACGGCAGUGGCUGCAACAGUCCCUCGUCCACCGGCUCGAUCAACAACAACAACAAUAACAACAACAACAACAGCGGCACCGGCUCCAAGAGGCCCAAGUGCGCCAAGAAGCUGAACAAAAUGCGCAGCAGCCCGAGCAGGCAGAGGACGGCCAGCGAAUUGGCGGCCGAGCUGGCGGCGGUGCGCAAUCAUCACAGCAGGUACCCCUCGUCGCUGUCGAGCGAGCACGGCGAGCAGGUGGUGGUCGGACCACCGGGUUGCAGCGGCAGGCUCGAGGACGGCCUCGAGGGAUCCAGCGGCGGCUCCUAUGCCGCCAGUGCCAGGCCCGGCAAUCGUUCUCCCUUCAACUGGUUGAAGAAAGGAGCGCCUCAGCCGGCACCCGGCAAAACGCGCACCAAAGACAAGUACCGCGUCGUGUACUCGGAGUAUCAGCGGCUGGAGCUCGAGAAGGAGUUCUAUCUGUCCAAGUACAUAACGAUCGGCCGCAAGGCCGAGCUGGCCACCAAUCUCAAUCUGUCGGAGCGUCAGGUCAAGAUCUGGUUCCAGAAUCGACGCGCCAAGGAGCGCAAGCAGACGAAGAAGCGCAGCGAUCCGUCGGACUCGUGCAGCAACGAUCAGCAGCAGCAGCAGCAGCCACAGCGACCGCAGGACGUCGUCAUCGGCGGCAGCUUGGAGCACCAUCACCAUCAUCAGCAGCAUCUGCAGCAGCAGCAACAGCAGGCAGCAGCCAGCGGCAUCGGGGCCGGCAGUGGUGCCGGUGUCAACCCGUCGACGGCGUUGGCUUCCCCGGGCGGCAGUUCUCUGUCGGCCAUGAGCCACCUGUCCCAGAUGGCCCAGGCCUCGAUGCUCAACGGCCUGAUGGGCCACCACCCGAUCGCGGCCCACGAGCACCACCACCAGCACGCCUAUCAUCAUCCGGUGCAUCACGCCCUGAGCAACGCCCAUCAUCAUCAUCACACGGCGAUGACGGCGGCGGUGCACCAUCAGGCCCUCUUGGCGGCGGCCCACUCGGCCCACGCCCACACGAUGAUGCAGCACAUUCAUCCCGCGGGUCUGCACGUGUCCCCGCCUCCCCCGGAGUACGCGGGUCCGGUGGCGGCGACGUCUCCGCUGCUGUCGCAACAGCAACAGCAACAACAACAGUCCCAAGCUCAGCACAUGCACGCGAUGGUCUCGCCGCCGCAGCAGCAGCAGCAGCAGGGCGUGCACAAUCAAGGGCAGCAGCAGUCGUCGCCGACGACGCAGCAACAUCAGCAGCAUCAUCAGCAUCACUCGCCGCCAAAUGGCUUGUAAAUAGUCUCAUAACUUCAUUUUUCAUCCUCCCCCGAUGAGGCAUCGACGCGAUCGAAUUUUUUAAUUUAGUCAUUAUCACACGCGUAUUCAAGUUACGCGAAUUACUAUAGGUGUAAAUACUUUUACGAGUAUACGAGGGUACAUAAGACGCACGUGUAUACGAUCAGGGGGUAAAUUUAUUUGCAGCUUUUGUUUUGCGCGCGGCGUACAUCCAACGCUAGACGACUUUCUCGCAGUAGUUUUCUUGUUGCACGCGAGUGUCUAUAGUUGCACACACAUAGACUCACACACACGCGCAUAGUACCCGUUACGUUUUUCCCGUGGGUUCUCUCGCUCUCUCCCCCGUCGCGCGAGUGAGAAAACGUCUCUCUCUCUUUUUGUAAAUAUAGUUAUAUAGAGACUACGCGCUGAACGAGUAAGAAACUUUUUCUCCUUCGAUCUGCUCCGCUGCUGCUGCUAGCACGCGAAAACAAACUUUUAUUUGCCGGGAUUUCUUUUCUCUUCGCACACCGACGUCUAGUAUUCGAGUCUUCAUUUUAUAUAUACCGAACGGUAUAUAGCUACGGGUCCGCUGUAAAUAGCCAUCUCAAAUCAUGUAAAUAAAUACGAUUUUUUUACACUCUAAGAUUAUAGGUACGUAUCAUGUCAUUUUAGGUAUGCCGCGAUGCACAAAACGGAAUGUACUCAUUGACUUAGCUUUAAUCGUGUAAAAAUGUGCCUUUUGUGCGAUUCGUUGAUUUAUUUCAUUGUUCUCACUUUUUUGUUGAAUGUAUAGAGAGGUGACCGCACACCCUUACCUCGAGAAUAAAUGUGAUACUCCGAUCGUUUGAGCUUAUUGUAUUUCGAAAAAUCGCGCGUGAAAACUUGAAAAACAAAAGAAGAAACUUCCGAAGAAUUCAACGAGUCUCGAGCGACGGAUGAAAAGCUGUUUUACACUAUCCGACGCUUCGCAGAUAUAUUUCAAAGAUAAGUACCAGCGCAAAAUCGUUCGCAUCGAACCGACUCUUGCUAUAGUACUCGAUCGAGCCACGGAACUGUAACGAGUAUUUACCGAAUGUAAUUUAUUUAUAAAAUAAUGCUCAUUCGUGUUUUUAGAGACGAUUUCCAUGGCUUAUCGUUUUGAAUAAUUGACCAAUAUUAUGAGGAUUUUCGGAAAUAAUUUUCAAGUUUUACCCGUUGCGUUUUGUAUUUACAUGUAAAUUAAGUACACCAUAAAUUUGAAAGCGCGUCGCAUUCGAUGCACUUUGCGACAAAAUAAAACACAUCGAACGUAAUUUACAUCAACACAGUUAAAAUACUCAUUACAAUUACGCAUUACGAAUUGUCGUUUUAAGUUCCAAAAGUACGUUUAUUUUUAUUUUUGUUUAUCGUUUCGACAAAUGUGUGAUCAAACAGCGAGGAAUGUUGCUCGAUUAUUUUUCAUCUCAUUUUAAUGUAAAACUAAGUAUGGUUGCAACGCUUUAUAAAUUAUACACUUGUAAUAUGGUACGAGUGUUUCGUUUACUACUUAGAUAUAUAUUAUACUCUGUUAAAUAAAUGAAAUGGAACCGCAAAACUAAAGCAAUGUUUGUAUAUAUAGCAUAAAAGAUUGUAAAAGUAAUUAUGUUGUCCAUUUUGCUUAUUAAGAUCUUUUUUGUACAUAGUAUUAUUAGUUAGUGCGUUAAUUUUUAAUUAAAACCGUUGUUUAUUAUAGCUAAACGUAAUUGUUUGACAAUUAAUUUUAGAAGUAAUAUAACGUGAAAAUUCAAAAUAUCGACAUCUUGAUUUCUUUUCAAUGAACGUAUUAUUAAUGAAAUGAAGAACAUUUUAUAAACAUAUAGCGUCAAUAAUUUUAACAUUUAGCACCCUGGACAGUGAGAUGGUAUAAACUAUUCGCCUUUUAUGCCAUCUUGAUUGUCUCUCUCGCUAUCAAUGUAAAAUUACGCGCUAUUUUUUUUUUAAUGAAAAUCCGAAAAAAUUCGACUCUGAAAAAUUUUAUCUGGUUAUAAAAUUGUAACAUGUACGUGCUCGAGAUAAGUGUACUUCUACAAAUAUUUCGACACGAUUCAAAAAACGGACUUUUUUUCUCAAGGCGUUCAGAAUCGAGUUUAUCGUGUGCUCUGUACGGAGAAAGAGAUAUUUUGAUGAUUUUUUUGUGUCAUCCAAAUUUUGGUGCAUUUAUCUGUAAUCAUGUGUUACUAUUUCAACACCUUCUUAUAUUUGUAAUAUUUUUAUACAUUGCGCUAUUACCACAAAAUAUGUAUUUCUCUAUUACAAUUAUCGUGUAAAAACGUAAAGGUAAACGAUGAAAAAUAAAAAUAAAA